UUCAUCGCAUGGACCAGAUUAGACCGUGUGGUGAGCAGGUUUUGGUCCGGGUGCCGUAGAUUUUGACACCUAUGAGUUAAUCAGACAUUAUUUCAGGCCUACCGUUCCCUCGGGUCUUCAUCUAUAUUCGGGGCAGGAAGCGAUGUCCGUCCAAUAUAUUUGCUUGAGUUCGUCUCGGGUCGGCUGGGAUUAUAAAGGAUUUUCCAGCGUUGGCUGAGCAUGACCGCAUGGAUAGUGAGCCUGCUCAUCUUUGAUGGUCCAGAGAGCUGUGGUCAUGCCCAGAAACUGUGUGGUCGACCAGUGUGAUUGAAUAGCCCGGCCAAGCCUUUUAGAAACUGCUGGUCUGGCUGUCAUGUGAUGAACACGGGAGGAAGUAUGAAUUCAGUGCGACGGGAGUGUGUGCAUGUGAAAUUGUGUGAGAUAGAGGAAGCAUUAGUGAGUUAGUGAAUAUACUAGGACUCUCUCAUAGCUUGCUAUAUUAUUGCAUGCUAGCUCAGGACAGAGAGGACUGGUGCUCUGUCAGCUCUGAUGACCACUGUGGCGUUUGAUUCAGCCUAACAGCUUUAAUCGACCGUGCCAACGUAAACAGAAUGUAGCCCGACAGUCAUAGAAAGAAAUGAGGGCGAGCGUUAACUUUGAGAGGCAGGUGAGCUCAAUGUGGAACGGAGCGAAGGGUUUUCUCAUGUGGACAUGGAGGUGAGGUUUCGUGAGGCGGAUCCUGGGAUUGGAAGAUCCGUUAUAGUCGUGCUGUAUGGCGGAGGGGAGAUCGAGGCGACACGCUCUGAGCGUGAGGGGACGCCUGCAUCCCUCAAUAUGGUCCCAAACCAUGAAUAUUGUGGGCCAGUUGGCGGAGACGGUGUUUGUGACCGUGAAGGAGCUCUACCGUGGCCUUAACCCCGCCACUCUCACAGGAGGCAUUGACGUCAUCGUGGUGCGACAGCCUGAUGGAUCUUUCCAAUGUUCUCCCUUUCACGUCCGCUUUGGAAAGCUGGGCGUGCUGCGCUCCAAGGAAAAGAUUGUCGACAUUGAGAUUAAUGGAGAAUCAGUCGACCUGCACAUGAAACUGGGAGACAAUGGAGAAGCUUUUUUUGUGGAGGAAAACGAAAAUAUGGAGGUCCCAGCCCACCUUUGCACCUCCCCGAUCCCUCUCGAGGUUCCUGAGGAGUUGGACGAGCCCACCGAGGGGACCCCCGCCGCCGGCUCCGGGACGCGCAGGAAGAAACGCCGCCGCAAACGCAUGCGCUCCGAUACUCACCUCAGAGAAGAGGCCAGCUCCUCGUCAGAUGAGAGGGAAAGAGAGAAGGAGUGUGAAAGAGAAACUGAGCAGGCUCAGCAAGAAAGCCCUGCGCCAGAGGAUGUGGCCGCACUUUUUCACAUCAGUAAAUCGGUGUACUAUUCGAUGUCUGAGGAGCCAGCUGAGGAGGUUGGGGCCACGCAGACCAGAGACACUCAUCCACACUCAGAAGGAGAACAGUCACCCUCCGAAAAUAAUGUCUUCUACAGCCGGCCAUCUUCGCCCAAAAGUGACUCUGAGCUUGUGGUUAAAGCCCAGGGAUCAUUUGGACCGCAGAUGGAGUGGAACUGGGGAGGCUUUCCAGUGCUGUGUCAACCAGAGAAGACAUCGCUGGAUUUGCCGGACACCCCGUCUUCGGGCAGGUCUCAUUUCCGCACAAUAGAGCGACAGGACUCCUUUGACAUGGACUUUGAUCCUGUGAUCAGCUGUGGAAGAGUGGGUAGUGUAACUGUGGUCAGACCGCAACCUAGGACUCGUUCCCUUGAUUUAGAAAACUACCCCAUGCAAGACAGCCCCACCCCUUUUUUGAAGGGGGAAAACUGUCACAUUGCCGACUGUAGCUCCAGUGACAUCUUCAAGUCUUGCGUGUCAUCUCCGAAUGCUGACUCCACGCAGACAGUUGAAUCUACUCUGGGGAAAGAGGAGAACAGAGACUUGUCCUUUAAUUCAGUCACCAACGGUAAUGAUUCCCUUUCUACCCAUAAAAGCCCAGUGAGUGUUCAGCAUGUUAACUCCGUGACUGACACUGUUACCGUUGAAAGAAAAAAUAGUGUGGUCAAUGUGACCAAACACAGCAAUGCUCAAAAACACCCCGUAAAAGAGAGCGAAGACGGCACAGCCCCAGAAACUAAUCCAAGUAGCAUAGAAUUAUCAAAUUCACACCAUCAGGGUGUCUCAUCUGAGCAAAGGCAACAGGGUUCCAACAGUAAUGGUCCUAUCAGCGAAGGGGACAGUGGAAUAGAUCCCUGCGCUGAGGGAGGAGAGGAGAACGGUGUACCUGCAGCGACUGAUGGGUCGCCUGGAGGCUCAAUUACUGAACUCACUGCGCUGAAAGCUGAAGUGAGAGAUGCUGGGGUCACUCUGACUGGUGCAGAGGGUUUAUCAAACUCCUCUGAUUCCCCUUCCAAAGCGGAGCAACAGGACAAGAAGAAAGGUAAACGUAAUCACCACCUCGGACCGACAGAUAUUUAUUUGGAUGACCUGACCAAACUGGACCCUGAGGUGGCUGCCCUUUACUUCCCUAAAAGUGACGCAGAGGGAGCGCUUCAGCAAGGAGCAGAGCAGGGCUCCUUCUCGGGAAGCCAGUCGCCUCAGUCAGUGGGCAGCAGGGCGAUGGACAGCGGUACAGAGUACCUGUCAGAUUCCACCUCCUACAACAUGGACGUCAGCAUGUCUCUCUGCGGACAAGAGGGGGACACCAGCCAAAUCACCAAAGAAAAGUUUAUGGAGCACCUUGUGACGUACCAGGAUUUUGUUAAUAACCCAGGAAUCAUAGAGGAUCCAAGUCUUGUCAUCUGCAUAAACUCCAACUAUUACAACUGGGCAGUAGCUGCUCCGAUGGUCUUGUCAAUGACAACCUUCCAGAAAAAUCUGCCAAAGAGUACGAUAGAGCGGCUUGUGAAGGACAAGAUGCCCAAAAAGUCUGGACGCUGGUGGUUUUCCUGGAGAAGAAGAGACUUGGACAACAGCCAGCAGAAACACUCAAAGGAAGAGCAAGAGGAGCCACUAGCAAGUGUUUCUUCCACAGUAAAAGCCACGCUGGAUGACAUGGACAGUGAUGAAGUAGCAGGGCUUGGUAGGAAAGCCAUAAUUCCCUCCAGUCUAUCAACAGAGACCCUUAACGCCGCUCAGUCUAUCAGCCAGAUGUACCGCAAAUCUCUACGCCUGACGUCUAAGCAGAUAGAGCAUCUAAACCUGCGCGACGGAGCCAACAAGGUGGUGUUCAGUGUGACCACCCAGUACCAGGGCACCUGUCGCUGUGAGGCUGCCAUCUACCUGUGGAACUGGGACGACCGUGUCAUCAUAUCUGACAUAGACGGCACCAUCACCAAGUCUGAUGCUCUGGGUCACAUUCUACCUCAGUUUGGAAAGGACUGGACACACAAAGGCAUCGCCAAACUCUACCACAAAAUACACCAAAAUGGCUACAAGUUCCUGUACUGUUCAGCCCGGGCUAUCGGAAUGGCUGCUAUCACUAAAGAGUACUUGCAAUGGGUCAAUGACAAAGGCACCGUCCUCCCUAAAGGCCCUGUACUGCUGGCUCCCAGCAGCCUUUUUUCAGCACUACACAGGGAGGUGAUUGAGAAGAAGCCGGAGGUGUUUAAAAUCGCCUGUCUCAGUGACAUAAGGGACUUGUUCAACCCACAGAGACGGCCUUUCUACGCGGCCUUCGGCAACAGGACUAACGAUGCAUACGCCUAUAAGCAGGUGGGAGUGUCCGACACCAGAAUAUUUACGGUCAACCCAAAAGGAGAGCUCAUCCGGGAGAAGACUAAAGUCAACAAGUCCUCGUACAGCCACCUCAGUGAGCUGGUUGAGCAUUUCUUCCCCGUGCUCUCUGCUGACGGCAGCUCGUCCUUAGCUCUUGACUGCCCCGACUACAGCAGCUUCUCCUACUGGAAGGAGCCUCUGCCUGAACUGGACCUGGAUGCGCUGCUGUAGACACACACCAGCAUCCACCCAACCCCAUACACGCACACAUACCAAGACAAGCUUGUAUAAUAUUGGACAUUGCCUUUGAUGGACCUUCCGACUGUGGAGCCUGUUUAUGAACCACUGUAUAAACUGGAGCAUAAAGAGGCGACCGUCCCUCCUUAAGCUGCACUUAAAGGAGCCAAAUGACAAUUUGCAUUAUACAUCUACAUUCCAAAAUUAGAAACAAUCAUGCCGUACUGACCAUGACUGUUUGCCUCAUAUUUUGCUAUUGGUGUGUGAAAAAGCGGCCUUGAAUGUGACAAGUAUGCACUUGGACCUUUAUAUUUUCUUUUGUGGUGUAUACCACUGUGAUAGUCAUCUCAAUAUAUGAUUUUAGAUUACAUAUACAGAGUACAGUACAGAUUCCACUAUAAACAUGGACCAAAAGUACCUUUUUAGAAAUUCAGAAAUGUAGCUUUAUUAUAUUCUUAGCAGGCAGUGCCUUAAUGCUGCAAAAGCCCAACGGUUAAGUGACCUGGUUGAAGCCAAAGGGAGGCGACUAAAACAGACCCCGGGACACGCAGCUACCAGACAAACCUGUUAUCCUUUAUUCUGUGGACAGUAGAGCCAUUGUGUGCCUGAUUGUUGUUGGUAACAGAAAAGAUGAGUGCAUUUGAGUGUUUAUAGCUGCAUGUUCCCUGAAACCAAAUAUGUUUGGGGUAUUUUCGAGUCUGUUUGGCCUUGAUGAGUUUGAGAUAGCCGAGGUCCGGCCUUGAAAGUCUGGCGUGUUUUUAAUUAUACUUGAAACCUUUGGCACUUUGGUCUUUUUUUUUCCAGCGUGUUAACUGCUGAGUCGAGGAUAAAUUCAAAGUAAUUUGGUUGAAAGGUGUAAUGCCAUUAUUAUUAUUAUUAUUAUUAUUAUUAUCGCAGUAAUACAUGAGUACCGAUAAAUGUGAGCUACUGAUGAUGAUUGCGGGAUUACUGGAAGCACAUAACACAUCUUCCUUUAAGGCACCCAACUCCAGGGUUGAGAAAUGUUUGCACAGUAGAGAAUGAGAAGCCGAGACUGACAAUGACCUCAGAGGUGGAGUAGCUGGCGCCGUGCCUUCCUGUGAUAACCAGACUGUUGUAUUUAUUAUUUGUGCAUGAUUUUUACCAUCCAGCUGUGUGGAGAUGCAAUAAAGCUUUUACGUGUACAGAAAUAUAAAUGAAUUUAAAACAAUGUGUAGCUUGAUUUUCAGUUAAUUAAAAUGUUAUGUAUACUGUGUCAAA